AUGACGGCGCGCGAACGCGGGAAUCCCCUCAACGCGGGCGUGCGAGUGCGAGAAGCAAGCGAGGUUGCAAGCGAGGCUGCGACAGCCAGAAUCCUCAAAACCGAGAUCUCCGCAGGAAGCGGGAAUGAGAACAUGGGCGUGGGGGUGGGGGUGGAUGUGGGUGAUGGGGGCGGCGGGGUUGGGGCGGUGGACGCAAGUGUCCACGUGGCAACGCAGAUCAAGGUGUCGGGCGUGAGCGUCCCCGUCAGCUUCGACGCCCUCCGCUGCUUCAGCCUUCCCCGGGCGGCGCGCAAGGCGGCGGGUGACGUGCAGGUGUGGUGGCACGGGCUCACGGGCGGCGGCAGGGGCGGCGGCAGCAAGAGCGGCGGUGGUUCGCGUGGGAAGGGUGGAGGUGCGGCGUGCAAGCAGCUGCGGUUCUUUGCCAACCCGGCCUGCAAGGGCAAGGCGCUGGAUGAGGUGCUGCAGCCGCAGUUUGCUGCUCUAAGGAGAUUCUUCCACGUGCCCAGCUCAAAGAAGGUUGCCCGAUGGACUUCCGUCUCCUGCAAGUGUGGUGCGUGCCUUGCCUCCCUGCCUUCCUGCUUCCCUGCCUCCUUGCCUCCUUGCCUCCUUGCCUCCUUGCCUCCUUGCCUCCCCACCUCCUUGCCUCCUUGGCUCCCCGCCUCAUUUCCCUGCCUCGUUGCUUUGCACGCAUUGCUUGAUUCUCCUCGCCGCAUAUUGUCGUACCCCUGUGUUGGUCUUACCCGCCGCGCUGCACACAUCUCACCCCACGUGUCUCUGUGCUACCCACGUGUCUCUGUGCUACCCAC